AGUCCAUAUCCUCCAAUGACAACCCGCCCCCACGCACUAUCCUCUACAUUUCAAAUUUUGGUACGCCCUGUAGCCGUUACAUCGCUCUCUCCCUUCGCUCCACCUCUAGGGUUUCUCUACCUCAGCAGUCCCCAUGCCCUUCCUCCGACAUCGCCGCCUCCGCUGCUACUCUCUCCUCCUCAUCCACCGCAAAUUCCUCUCCACAACUUCCUCACAGCCAUUGUACCUCCUACUCUCCUUCGCAACAUACAUGAUAUGGGGCUCCAACAUCCUCGGCAAAACCUUAAUUUCCACUGGCCUCGCCUCUCCCUUCCUCCUCUCUCCCUUCACCAGCAACAAACCCCGCAAAUUCCUUUAACUCAAACCAAUCCAAACUGGUUUCCCUUCCGAUUCCCAUUUCGUCUUUUCUAAACUCGCCUCCCCCUCUUCACACCACUCCUCUCUCUCUCUCUCUCUCUUUGCCCCAAAUCCCGUCCUCAAUUCAUCCUUCUUUGUUGCUAAUUCCCUCUUGUGCGACGAAUCUAAGACCAAGGUUCAGAAUUUAGGGAUUUAUAAUUUGAAUUUUAGUGAGGAGAGCAGAUUUGUGAAAGAUGGGUUUCAUGUGGUUUCGGAGUUAGUUUGUGAAACCUUGUAUGCAUGGAAGGGGGCUGUUUCGCCGCACUUGGAGGCAGAGAAGGAGAAUGAAGUAGUGGAGGAUUCUUUAGUGCUGGAUACUUUAGAGAAGUCCUUGGGAAAAGUAGAGAUUAGAAAGGAGGGAAUGGGUGUUUUUUGUGUGGUUAAGACUGCUGGUGGGGUUGCAAGUCCGGUUCCGUCUGGGACCUUGCAAUGCGACUUGUACCGGCCUUUUCGCUUACCUGCUGUUCUUAUGGGAGAUGGGAGGUUAGGUGGUGUUUCUGGAACCAUUUCAGCUUACGAUAGUACUUUAAAACUUUGAGGGUACUUGCUCUUAAAGGAUCCUACCAUGGUGACACUUUGGGUGCAAUGGAAGCACAAGCGCCAUCACCUUGUACAGGCUUCCUCCCGCAGCCAUGGAAGGAAAUGCUUUGGUCUGAUAUGCUCAUCUAUGAUGAAUAAAAGCUAUUUUAAUUCAUAAGUAUCAAUUUUUGGAGCUAUGCUUUACUAAUUGGUGCUCUUACACCUCUGAGUUUCAUUGAUGUUGAAACCAUUCGUUUAGGAUUGAAAAAUUAUUGGGUGAUUAGCCAAAUGGAAGUGGCUGUCUCAAAACAAGGUUUAGUCCUUAUAAAAAUACUCGAGAAUGUGUUGCA